AUGACCGAUUUUUACGAAAUACUUGAGGUCGAAAAGACCGCCACCGAAGAUGAAAUCAAGAAAGCAUAUCGUCGAUUAGCUUUAAAGUGGCAUCCAGACAAAAAUCUUUCAAAUAAAAGUCAAGCGGAAGAAAAAUUUAAACUAAUAUCUGAAGCAUAUGAAGUUUUAUCUGACAGUCGUGGACGAUUUUUAUAUGAUCAAUUGGGUUCAUCAAUUAUUUAUAGCGAAAGAACAAAUGAAGAAUUAGAAGAAUUAUUUCGUACAAUAAUUGAUGAUGAAGAAUUUCUAAAUGUUUGUCAAAAAGAAUUUGAACAACAUGAAACUUUUGAUAAAGAAGAUUUACCAUCAUUUAUUCUUUCAACAAAUAAAAAUGAUUAUGAAGAAAUAGCUGCAACAACUGAAAAUGAAAGUGAAUUAAAACCACGUGUUGUUCAUGAAAUAAAUAUGUCUGUUUAUUAUGAUUUUCAAGUUGAUAGAGAGAAUUCAGAUUUAAAAUUUGUUAAAAGAUAUAUUAAUAUUAUUCCAGAAGAAAAUGAAACUAAAAAUAAUCGUUUUUCAAAUUUAAAUUUAUCAAAUGAUAUUGAUCGUCUUGUUAAAAUGCAUGAUUUUGUGCGUCAUUCUCAACAACAACAGCAACAACAACAACAGCAACAACAACAACAGCAACAACAACAGCAACAGCAGCAGCAGCAACAACAACAACAACAACAACAACAAGCACCACCACCACAACAAGCACCACCACCGCAACAGCAGCAACAACCUGAUAUAACUCUACCUAAACCUGCAAUGCAACCGAAAAAACCUACUAUAAAACGUCGACAGACAUAUGUUGAACCACGAAGACGUACAACAAUAUCAUCAACAAAUGAAACACGUGAAUUUGAUUCCGCUGCUUUAGCUCGAAUUGUUGAAGAACAAUUAGAAGCUGCACGUUUUGCAGCUACAUUAGAAAAUUUCAAUCCUAUUACAAAUCAAUCAUCUCGUAUACAAGAAGUUAAUCGUGCAAGAUUUGUUCAAGCACCAACAUUAAUUCCACAAUCAAAAGAACAAAUACCUCGUCAUCGUAUUGAUGAUAUUGAAUUUCCACGAAGUAAUUUAAAUUGUUUUUUACGUAAACCAUGUACAUUGGUUGAUAAUAUUAUUUCUCAACCGAUUCCAAACCAAGAUGAACGUGAUAAACUUUUAAUACUUGGACAACAAGGUAUUAUAUCAUCAGCAGUUGCACUUGGUGGUGAUAGAAUUCCAAAUAAUAUUAAAUCAAUUGAAUUACUUGAAAUUCCAAAUACAAAAACAGCUGAAAAUCAAUAUCAAGAUUUUCGUCUUAUUAGUUAUGAAACACUUGAUGAUUAUCCCGUUAGUGCAAGUGCUAAUCUUCGUCGAGUUAAAUCUAUGAGACAUAUGAGUAGUCAAACAGAUCUAGGAGAUAAACGUCCAUCGCCAACUUUAAAUGAUGGUCUUUUGGAUAAUACUUCUAAAUUAACAUCACCAUUAAAAAGUAUUAGACGUAGUAUACGUCAUAAAAAUGAAGCAGCGAUUAAUAAUAAACCAGUAUUCAAAGAAAAAAAAGAGAAACGUCGACGAUAUGAUCACUUGGGUAAAGCAGGUUUAUCAAAUGGUAAUAGUGGUAGUAGUGGUGGUUUUUCAUCCAGUGAUGGUUAUUCAAGAUUUUCCGAAGAUUUUCUUAAUCGACAAUUUCAUUUUCACAAUCCGUUUGAUAUCUUUGAACAGUUUAUGUCACAUUUUGGUAUGGAAGAUGAUUUUGGUUUUCCAAUGCAUCCAUUUGCCGAUUUACAUCGUCGUCGUAGUCGUGAUCCAAAUUCUUCCACAUCAAGACGUGCACCACACCAAAUGGCUUUGUUCGAUAAUUUCUUUUCUCCAAUGAGAAUGUCUUUGUUCGAUCAUCAUCAUUCAUUUGCCGGUGAUUUGGGCGGAGAUAAUCCGGGAACAAUAUCAUCAUUUAAUAUUUCAUUUGGAAGUGGUAAUGGUGCUCGACCAAUAUCAAAAAAAACUUCAAAAUCAACUAAAAUAGUCAAUGGUCGACGUAUAACUACUACACGAGUGGAAGAAAAUGGACAAACAACAGAAAUCGUCGAAGAAGACGGUCAAAUAACAUCAAAACGAGUCAAUGGAGUUUUACAAGCGAUUAAAUAA